GGGCAAUUGAGAUUGUACUACUUUCUCAAGCAGCUUUGACAGAAACGGUAGCUUAGAGACAGGCCGAUAAUUAUUAAGGCAACCUUCAUCCAAACCCUGUUUCUUAAGCAAAGGUUGAACAAUAGCAUGCUUAAAACAAUUUGGGACCACCCCUGCAUCCAAAGAAGAAUUUAUCAACACUUGGAUACUGGGGCCAAUUUCAGAAAAGGUUGCUUUCAUAAGCACAGCGGGAACAACAUCAAGUGGCGUGGAUGAUAUUUUCAUCUGGUUAACCAGAUCACACAGUUCCUUUAGAGAAACGUGUUCAAAUUGAUCAAAUGAAACCGUUAAAGCCAGUGAUUUCAGGGACAGGUCUGAUAAAUGCAAAGUGAAGGAAGAACGAAUGGUAAUUACUUUAUCAGCAAAAAACUUUAAAAACUUCUCACAAAGUUCAGCCGAGGGUUCCCCAUGGAAUUGGCAACUCGGAUUAAUAAUCGAAUUUAUCGUGGUGAAUAAGAUCUUUGGUCUAUGACAGUGUGUAGCAAUUAAGUCAGAGAAAUACCUAGACCUAGCUGACUUUGCUGCACUCUGAAACUUAAACAAACAAUCUUUAAAAAUCUGGAAGGACACAGUUAACUGAUCAUGCUUCCAUCUCCGCUCAGCUCUACGACAAGCCUGUCUGAGAGAACGAGUAUUAUCGUCCAGCCAGUAAUAAGAUUUACGAUUUGGUUGUUUCAGUUUAAAAGGGGCAAGGGAGUCUAAAAUAUUGGAGCAAAAUGUGUAUAAUAAGGCAAUCAAAUCAUCAGGGCCAGAAGAAGACUCUGCAGCACUCAAGAUGGAUGUUUCAACAGCAUUAGCUAGAAAACUUUCACUAAACUGAGAGGCAGUGAGUGAAUUAAUACAACGAGAAGAAUAUCCUGAAGGCCUAGUCAUAACGGCAGAGCUGGCAGCAGGGACAUUAAAAACAAUGGGCUUGUGAUCAGAGAAGGAAGCAUCUUCAAUAUUAACAUUAUCAACAGCGGUUCCAUAUGACAAUAUAAGGUCUAGUGUAUGACCAAGGACAUGAGUUGCCUGAUUUAUGUGUUGAAUAAAACCAAAGGAAUCCAAGAUAUUACAAAAUUCAGUAACCAAGGGUUGACCAGGGCAGCAGACAUGCACAUUAAAAUCACCCAAUAAUAACAAACGAUCAUACAACGGAACAAUAGAAGUUCAAAAAUCACUUAAAAAGGCAUUGUCCGGGUUAGGUGGCCUAUAGAUCAAGGCACAGAAUAGCGUGGAAGAGGUCGACUCUAACACAACACACUGCACCUCAGUGAUUGGUUGUUUGGAAAGAUGGUGGUCAGUGAUUGGAGAGAUGGUGAUCAGUGAUUGGUUGUUUAGAGUGAUGGUGGUCAAUGAUUGGUUGUUAAGAAAUUAUUAGUGAUUGGUUAUUGGGAACAGUGGUAUUCAGUGAUUUUUUUUUUUUUAGCAAUGGUGGUCAGUGAUUGGUUGUUAAAAAACAAUGAUGAUCAGUGAUUGGUUAUUUGGAACAAUGGUGAUCAGUGACUGGUUGUUGGUCAUUCAUUCAUUAUUCUUCAGAAUAAUGUCAGUGUGCUGGUGGAUCUGUACCAUAUCCCGAGAACACUGGGCGUCAGGCAGGAAUACACUUUGGAUGGGACACUAGUCUAUCACCAUGCACACACAUUCACACACUCCAUUAGACUUAGGGGCAAUUUAGACUCAGCAAUCCACCUAGAUGCAUGUUUUUGGGCGGUGGGAGGAUACCGGCGAACCCGAAGGAAACCUACGCGGACAUAGGGAGAACACGUGAAACUCCUCAGAGACAGUAACCCGAGGUCAGGAUAAAACCGGGGACUCUGGAGCUGUGAGGUGGUAAUGUUACCUGCCACACCACCAUCUCACCCCAUUUUUACUUCACAAUAACAAACUGUAGUGUUUAUGUACUGUAUGUAUUGUUACGAUUUUACUGAACAAUGAAACAACCCCAGCAUGGAGUCAUUUGGGAGCCAAAGAGUCAUCUCUUUUCAGAGCAGUAACGUUUCCAAACUGGAGCGACUGAACUGCCGCGUGGUGAAGCUGCUGACGGUGGCGGUGCAGGAGGUGCUGGAGGCCGUGAGGGAAACGGUGUCCGAGUAUCAGGAGAAAACGGCUCGGACGCAGAGGGAGAACGAGAGACUACGCCUGAAAUUACAGGAUGCCCUGAAGAACCUGGAGAAAGAGCGAGAAGUGUCAAGACUUGCUUCCAUCUCCUUGUCCAUCAACCGCCCAUCCACUGAGACUCAGAUGAUGCCCGAAGCUCAACAUGUCUCUCGUAUGAAACAGGAUUCGGUUGUUAAAGCAGACGCAGAACCAGAGGCGGUGUGCGACCUGCAAGUUGCACUUACACUACCUGAUAAAAGUACGCCAAGAACCGAGCAGGUCAACACCUCAGAUUUGCACUGCACCAUUAAAGGAACGGAACCUGGCACUUGUGUUUCUGAUGCCUCGUCAUGCGUCGACAUUAAAACCGAACCUGUUGCAUCCGAAUGCUCACAACAAGAACAACAGGUCCCUCAAGUUGUGGUUACCAUGGGUGAGGGUCUGAGAGACCAGACAUCCAGGCAGGACAGCAUCAGCUCGAGUCUGUACAUCCAGUCAAACCUCAGCACGCUCGGGAGGUGUGUAGGGAACAGUUGGAGCACGACGUCUUCCUUGCAAGGACUCGAAAGACAGCAUCACAGUCCGCGAGACGAGGAGCACCACGUGUGUCUGGUUUGCGGGAAGACCUUCAGCCGCGUCGGGAACCUUCGGAUCCAUCAGAGGUGUCACACCGGCGAGAAACCGUAUCGCUGCAUGGUGUGCGGCCGCUGCUUUAGCCAAGCAGGAGACCUGAAGAAGCACAAAAGGGUCCAUACCGGAGAGAAGCCCUACUGCUGCGUCCAGUGCGGCAAGAGCUUCAGCAGGGCCGAGAACCUCAAGCGGCAUCAGAAGAUCCACAUAGGAGACAGAUUACACCGCCAGAAUCUGUGGAAAGAUUCUCAUGGUUUGGCCAUUUGACUUUACAUGGACAACUUUUGGAAUUCAGUAAAGGAGCUGAUAUGAUUGAUGACUGGCACUGGUCUGGAGUAGGUGCUAGUACUCAGGUGUGCUACAAGCGCUUUCCACAAAGUCAUCCAUCAAGCAAGCAAUUUAAAAAAAAUUGUAAGUGCGGGACAAAAUUGCUGUAGUACAAGAGGAAUAAAACACAUUUGGACAUGGUGUUGUAGAAAAAUAAUCACCUGGGGUGGCAGUAGUAAUGGUGUGUCAUCACACCACCCCAGGGUUGAUUCUCUUGCUCAUGAGAUGCCAUUUUCUGGGGGGGAAUGGACCUCAGUGCGCAUUUCCAACAAUUUUCAGAAACCUGAAAAGAAUCAAGUAUUGAGUUUUACUGUAUGACAAUAUCCCAGUUUUUCUAAGAAGCCUUUUGAAAUUAUGAUUAUUAAUAAUAUCAACAUGGUUAAACAUUACAAUCUGCACCUUUAUCACACGUGGUAUAGCCACAGAUGGACAACAUGGACGUUUACUUUCUUAUCGAUGCUUGUGUGAUUUUUUUAUUUUUUAUUUUUCUUCUAUUUUAAGAGGAUAAAUUGUAUGAAGACAGCUUAUGGACACCUAGUAGUUAUGAUUAUAGAUUUUUACUGAAUCAUCAGGAGAUUAUUCUAAUGAAAAAGCGUUCCAAAUAAAUAAGUCAGUAUUGCAAAAAGUAAAUAUUCAUCCUAGAUUCAUUUGGUUGUUACAUUUGUGAAGUUUUUGAACUUUUGUAUAUUAGCAUUUUUUUGUUAAACAUCCUAGGGGCAAAUAUUUUUUUCAAGAGAAUUGAGAAAGCCUUGUGACUAAUUGAAAAAGCAGAAAGCUUUAACUUCUUUUCCUAAUUAAGAGAGGCGAGUUCAUACGAGUUCUCCUUCCAUAAAUCGGAUGAUCUUCCUGUUCAUUUCUCAAUCUUUUUAUAAACAUGUAACACACGCCACUCUGAUCUGUACAAAGUUCGCAGUUCAUUUCCUUGAUGACUCUCAUGGUGCUGAUGAGAGAUUAGAUAAAAGCUGAUGCUCCUCUUCCUGGAACAGUAGGCAGAGGUGUUAUAUACAGUGAUUAUAAAAAGUCUACACACCCCUUUUAGAACUACAGGUUUUUGGGAUUUUAAUUCCUCCUUUAAUGUGAUAUAGCAACCAACGACCUGGUGGCACACCCUUGUAUAGCGGGGCAUGUGACUGUGCUAAGAAUUAAACAAUCACAUUCAAACAUAUGUUCCUAGGUAAUUAUCAUACAGCUGUCAUUAAUGUAGUGAUUCUGAUUAACCUAAAAAUAAAGAUCAGCUUUUUCUGUAGGAUUUUCUCAACACCGUCUUGGUUUCAUCCAAAUGCUGAAG